UAUUCCUGUCCUGAGUGCGGGAAAUGUUUCCGUUUUAAAUUCCAUCUUAAUGUGCAUAAAAGAUCUCACACAGGGGAGAAGCUGAUUUCCUGUCCUGAGUGCGGGAAAUGUUUUUUCAUAAGUCCCAUCUUUGCACACAUCAGAGAUUGCACAUGGGGGGAGAAACCGUAUUCCUGUCCUGAGUGCGGGAAAUGUUUUUCAGAGAAGUCAUAUCUUUGCAAACAUCAAAGAUGUCACACGGGGGAGAAGCCAUUUUCCUGUCCUGAGUGCGGGAAAUGUUUUUCACAGAAGUCCAGUCUUUACACACAUCAGAAAUGUCACACGAGGGAGAAACCUUAUUCUUGUCCUGAGUGUGGGAAAUGUUUUUCACGGAAGUUCAAUCUUUACACACAUCAAAGAUCUCACACAGGUGAGAAGCCGUAUUCCUGUUCUGAGUGCGGGAAAUGUUUUUCACAAAAGUCUGAUCUUUACAGACAUCAGAGAUCUCAUACAGAGAGAAGCCACUUUCCUGUCCUGAGUGAGGGAAAUGUUCCUCACUGA